AUGGAGAAAAAUAGAGGGCUAUGGGAGAGGAAAUCUUCUGGUGAAACUAAAAAUUCAGGGUCUGCAUCAUCUAGUUCUGAGAAGCAACCAGAUGAAGAGCACGAGGCAUUGAAUGGAUCUCCUAUUGGACAUAAUCAGUCAAAAGUUGUGGUCAUCCCUGACGAUAUUAAUGAUAUGUCAUUUAUCAAUGCACAAUCACCUGAAGACACCUCACAUACAACAGACAACGUAAAUGAUGGUUUAAAGGAUGAAGAUGUAAAUGAAGGAAUGAUAAAUAUAUUAAAGGAUGGAAAUGUAACUGAUGGAUUGAGGAAAAUGUCAGAAAAGCUAUCUGCAGCGCUCGUGAAUGUAAGUGCCAAAGAAGAUUUGGUCAAGCAACAUGCCAAAGUCGCUGACGAAGCUAUUUCAGGCUGGGAAAAGGCUGAGCAUGAAGUGACAAAUUUGAAGAAACAAGUUGAGGCACUGACUCUCAGAAAUUCAACAUUGGAGGAUCGAGUCACACAUCUAGACAGUGCACUUAAGGAGUGUGUUAGGCAGCUUAGACAAACAAGAGAAGAGCAGGAUCAAAAUAUUCAUGAUACUGUACUAAAGAAAACAAAUGAAUUGGAAUCAACCAAAACUAAACUUGAGAAGCAGCUCAUGGAGCUGCAGAGCAAAUCAGAUGUUUCUGAUGCUAGUUCUCCUUCAUCAAUUGAUUUUGAUAUGUGUCAGAAGGUCGAAUAUUUGGAGAAAGAGAACAUGGUUCUCAAACAUGAGCUCCAAGCUCAGUCUGAAAAACUGGAACUCAGGACAAUAGAGAGGAAUUUAAGUACUCAAACAGCUGAGAUGGCUACCAAGCAAUAUUUAGAAAGCAUCAAUAAAGUGGCCAAACUUGAGGCUGAGUGCCGGAGACUGAAAAACAUGGCCUGUAGAGCUUCCAUUGCAUCAUCCUCAUGUUGUGUGGAAUCUAUCAAAGAUAGUCAAUCAAACAGUGGAGAGAGGACUAGUGCAGUGGAGAUUGAUACCACAAGAAAGAGUGGCUCAGAACCAGACAUAUGUGAGUUAAGUUGUUCUGAUUCAUGGGCAUCUGCACUAAUUUCUGAGCUUGAUCAGUUCAAGAAUGAAAAGUAUAAGCAAAUUCCAUCCUGUUCUGCUAACAUUGAUCUCAUGGAUGAUUUUCUUGAAAUGGAACGGCUCGCAGCACUACUUGAUACUAAGAAUGAGAGCUUUAUCAAAGAGUCAGUCGUUGCCAAUGAUUGCAUUCAGGAAGAAAGCUCCAUCAGAGAUGAGUUUGACGUUUCCAAUCGGCAAACUGAUGAACUAAAAGAGAAGCUAGUGAGGGUCACAGCAGAGAAAGAGGAAGUGAGGACAUGUUUAAUGAAAAGUGAGUGUGUCAUUGAGGCAUCACAGCUUAAAAUGAGGGAGGUUGAAACAAGAUUGGAUGAGUUGCAAAGAGAGCUAGAAAAUGCCUACAAAUCAAAGCAAGUGUUAGAAAAUGAAUUAAUGAGCAUGCAAUCUGAGGCUAAAUCAAUAAGUGCAAAAGUUCACUUAUUAGAAGCAGAAGUUGAUAAGGAAAAGGCUAUGUCAAUUGAAAUUGAAAACAAGUGUAAAGAAUUAGAGGAAGAGCUAGAAAGAAAGAAGCAGGUAGAGAAAUUCGGGUCAAUAACCUCCUCAUACAGUGAAAUCAAGUUAAAGCAGGAGGACCUAGCACUAGCUGCAGGAAGGCUUGCUGAGUGCCAGAAAACAAUAGCAUCUUUAGGGAAUCAAUUAAAUUCACUAGCAACACUGGAAGAUUUCCUCAUUGACACUACCAGCAUUCCAGAGCUUUCUGCAACUCCAUUAGUCAUUGCUAGAGCCGGUGCAGAUAUGUUGAAGUCGCAUUCAAAUGGCACAUACUCAACUGAAAGAGAUUCCGGUUCUUCAAGUUCAGGUCCACCCUCAAACAAAAAUGAAGAAAGCUCAUCACCCUCAUCAAACAACUUGCCAAAGCAUGACAAUUCUGAGAAGAGUAUAACUGGUUUUGUACAAUUUUUCUCUCAAACCGAGAGUGGAAUCCAUCUAGAAAUUAGUGGGGACUAA